AUGCAGUCUCAGGAGAGCCCCGAGGUGCUGAAGAGUGAGCCUUAUGGAGAGAAGGCGGACGUCUGGGCUGCUGGCUGCAUCCUCUAUCAGAUGGCCACGCUGAACCCACCCUUCUACAGCACCAACAUGCUCUCCCUGGCCACAAAAAUAGUGGAGGCGGUCUAUGAACCAGUGCCAGAAGGCAUCUACUCCGAGAAAGUGACAGAUACCAUCAGCAGGUGCCUGACUCCUGAUGCAGAAGCCCGGCCAGAUAUUGUAGAAGUCAGCUCCAUGAUAUCGGAUGUCAUGAUGAAGUAUUUAGACAGCUUGUCUACAUCCCAGCUGGCCUUGGAGAAAAAGCUGGAACGGGAACGAAGGCGCACACAGAGGUAUUUUAUGGAAGCCAAUCGGAACGCUGUCACAUGUCACCAUGAGCUGGCUCUGCUAUCACAUGAGACCUUUGAGAAGGCAAGCUUGAGUAGUAGCAGCAGUGGCGCUGCCAGCUUGAAGAGCGAACUCUCAGAAAGUGCAGAGCUGCCUCCGGAAGGCUUCCAGGCCCCCUGUGGUAAGGACGAAGACAGGGCCUGUGAGGAAAUCCUGUCGGAUGAUAACUUCAACCUGGAAAACAUUGAGAAAGAUAUAUAUUCAGAGCUGGAUGACGAAUUGGACAUUUCAGAUAACUGCAGCAGCUCCAGUUCAAGCCCUCUGAAAGAGUCAACUUUCACACCCUUUCUUUGGAAAAAGACCCUUAAACAAACCUGUCAAGGAACUACUAAUUUGCACCAUUACAUUUUAACUGAUGUUUUCAGAAGUGAAGACAGCCUUUGUAGUACAUACACCGGCAUUUUAAAGAGAAGUUUUAGUGCUUCGGGAGGAGAACGACAAUCCCAAACAAGAGACUUCACUGGUGGAAUAGGCUCAAGACCACGACCAGCUUUGCUGCCUCUUGACCUGCUUCUGAAAGCGCCACCCCUCAAACUCAGGGUCCACGUUAAGGAGGUAGAGGCCGAGUUAGUGCCGGGGUGGCGGUCCCACAGCCUUCCUGCUGUGAUCCUCCGCGAUCUCAAAGAUCAUGGGCCACAGAUGAGCACAUUCUUGUGGCAAGCAUCUGCAGGGAUUGCUGUGUCCCAGCGGAAAGUACGUCAGAUCAGUGAUCCUAUUCAGCAGAUUCUAAUUCAGCUGCACAAAAUCAUCUACAUCACACAGCUUCCUCCAGCUUUGCACCACAAUUUAAAAAGAAGGGUUAUAGAGAGAUUCAAGAAGUCCCUCUUCAGUCAGCAGAGUAAUCCUUGUAAUCUGAAAUCUGAAAUUAAAAAGUUGUCUCAAGGAUCUCCAGAACCGAUCGAGCCCAACUUUUUCACAGCAGAUUACCAUUCACUACAUCACUCAGCAGGUGGAAACAGCCUGUCCCUAAGUGACCCAUCAGGCCUACCCACCAGUUUUGAUUUGGAGGAGGGAAUCACAUAUGAACAGAUGCAGACUGUGAUUGAAGAAGUCCUAGAGGAAAGUGGUUAUUACAAUUUUACUUCUAACAGGUACCACUCCUACCCAUGGGGGGCCAAGAAUCACCCGACCAAAAGAUGAACAUGCUGCGUUUUGAAUGGACUUGGUUUUCCCAGUGAAGUUCAAGUCUGGACUUCAGCCAGCGAUGCCCAAGGAUUGGGCGCUGCUAGAAGAGUGUGGAAGAGAAAAGACCAUGAUGCCACUGUGCCCACAGGACCUCUCUCUGGAGACCUGGUGUCCGGCUCCCUGACAACUGCAUUGCUUGGCAGCUCCAUUCCCAGGUGGCAUUACCCACAGGGUGACGGGGCUCUCAAUGUGCUCCUGGAAGAAAAUGCUGCAGAAUUCAUCUGGAGAAGAAAACCCAUUUCACAGACCUUUCCUCCAAGUUAAAAAAAAAAAGAACAAGCACCUUGUCAUAUUUUUCAAAGGAAUAUUUUAUACUUAGUUUGCUGAAACUGUGUUUAAAGACAGCCAGCCUUCCAUGUAAAUAUUCCAUGUAAAUAGUUAUAAAGAAAAUUAUAGGAACUGGAAUAAUAAUAUAUUGGGUAAUUCAUUGUAUUCCCCAAGUUUUUUUUUUUAAUCUUAAAAGUAAUUCAAAAUAUGUGGUUGAAAUGUUUUGGUUUGUUUUAAUGAAAGGAUUGGUUCCAUCUUAACCACUUGGGUGCUAGUGGGCUUGAACCAUGAUCCAGUGUAGACAGUAUUUGUAACCUUGCACAGACUCUGGGAAUAGCUGUCAAAUGGUCAGAUUUAGGUUAGACUGAUAUGAUAUAUUGAUGUACAGUGUAUAUAUAUGUGUAUAUAUAAGUACAUAGAUAUAUGAGGGAGCAAUGAGGUUUUGAUUAGGCUAAGGCUUUGCUGCUAAUCAAACUUAUAGUGUUUUUAGAGCACCUUGAAGAGUUUAUAGAAUCUAUGAAAGAUGCAAUAUUCCUUAACUUAAGACCCUCCUUACUAAAAUGACCUAUAUUGCUUCAAAAUUUUUAUUGUUUGGGAAUUGGAAAUGAAAAUAAGCUACAUAAUAAAAUAUGACAUCCUUCUUUAGUCACUGAAAUGUCCUUAAAAAAAAAAAAAAGGAAAAUCAGAUGCCAUCUCCAUCUCCUAUGGAUGGAAAAUUUAUGAUGUCAAUUUUCUAGAUUCUUAAAUGGCUAAAAUCUGUUUAAUUGAUUUCUUAUCACCGGGAUGAUAUCAGGAAAUUCCCUUAUUGCCAAAUCAGACUGCAUUUCUAACUACUUAAAGAACAUCUAGUUCUAUAUAAUUAGUAAUCUGAAAGCUGAAAGUAUGCUUUUUAUUUGCAUCUCACUAAGUCCUGUUAUCUUUAUUUACAUUAGAAUAUUUUUAACAUGAUUGAAUAAAAUUUAAUUCAAUGUAUUUACAGUGGGUGAAACACUAACUUUUUGAAUGGUAUGGAAAAAAAUCUCAUUGUGAAUCCAUACUAUUUCUGCAAUUGGUAUGUUUAAUAUUUAAAUGAUAUUCAAAUUCCCUUGAACUAAUGCCUUUUAGUCUUUGAAGAUUGCCAAUGCAUCUUUGUUUUUAAGCCAAAUUAAUGAUGACAAAUAGACUGUAAUUUUAAAAAACAGAUGCAAACACAGUAAUGAAAAUUUUUAGUUUCAGCUUUCAAACCAAUUCCAUCCAUUUGUGAUGUUUACAUGUGAAAUCAAAAUGGUUGUGAUUUUGUUGAUUUACACAGGCAAAAUUCUAUUCCCAUUCCCAACUGAAUUUGAAUCUGCACUACUAUGUUUAUAUCUUUUCAUCUGUGGGAUGAGCACUUUUCCUCAUUAUGUAGAAGGCACAGGCCCAGAGGAGCACACACUUUAAUUGAGAUAAAGCCAUGGGGUGAAAGUUAGAACAAUCAAGUUCUUUCUCAAAUGGCAACAUAUAGCAAAUAAAGUUUAGAAAAGAAUAAUAUUCAGAGAGCACACCUUAGUGAGAAAAGAAAAAUAAUUUGUUGGAAGGUGCUUUCCAAUGCGGGCAGUUGAUCUUAUUGACCAGAAUGGAAACAAAAUGUUUUUAGCUAACUCCUGAGGAGCAAAUAAAUGACAUUAUUGUUCUGGAAGUCAGUAAGAAUUAGCAAAAGUAAGCAAAAGGUUGUCCUUUUCAACAGCACCUGUAGACCCAUUAACUCUGCUGGUAGAUGCAUUCUUUUGCCAAAAUAAUGAAUGUGCUCUACUUGAAAUCUCCCUUAAGCCACCAAUGCAAAUGUUCUUCCAGUGCAAAGCCACCCUCUAAGGGAAGUUAGGCACCAGCCAGGUGCUAUUUUGUUCAUGCAGUCACAUCCCAACAGUGAAGUUAACUUUUCCAAAGCCCUCAGUUUCAGGCUUUCAAAAAAGGGAAUGCUUCCUUCAUAAUAAAACAAAAAUGAUCAUUUUGUUUGGGCUAUUUGAACUGUCUUUUAGUGCAAAGAAGUUGUUACUUGAACUUUAUUGGCCUCAUAAUCUUUUCUUAUUUGCAUUUUAAAGCUUUCUCUUUCUCCCCUUUUUUUUCUGUAUAAUUAUAAAUUAUUUGUUGUGCAAAGAUCCUUGUGAAUUCAUCUACUUCUCAGUCACUGGAUAUUUGUAUGGGACAGAAUGUAAAUUAGUCUCUUCAGAUCACUUUUGAUACAUAAAUACUUCAGUUAAUUAUGUUUUGAUCUACCAACUCUAUCUGCAUAUAUCUACUUGAAACUUUAAUUUGCUUUUUUAAAAGCAAGAUGUUCCAUUCUCAGGGAAGUGACUGCAGGAGACGUGUGCUUACUGGUUGUUAGCUUUGUCUUCUUCCAAACGUGUGAUAUUUAAUUGAAGUUCUUUGGAGAAUAGUAACAUGGACAGUAGACCCAGGGCUCGUGGAUAAAUUUCAGAAACCUCCCAGAGAAAUGCUGCUGGUGUUUGUGUGGUUCUGUCAGUGUGCAUGGGUUAUUUUGGCAUUUUAAAGUAAGAAGCACUGUUAUGAAGUUUACACGAUGAUGGACAUGGUUAGGCGUUAAGGUCUUCCUACAAGUGCCGUCUAUGACUCAUUAAAUACUAUGAAUUUUGUUCAAAAACAAAUACACGACUGGUUGAUUAUGUGCAAUUCCAACAAUAUUAUCAAUUAAUCAUAAAUUAGCAUGCAAGAUCAUGAUAGCAAUAGCAUUGUUUAAUCCAUUCUAUCAGUAUUAAUAUGCAUAGUAUGCACAUCCCCCUAUUUAAUUUACUGAAUUGCAAAAUAUGUUUGUUGCUAUUUCUCUUGUUGGGGAUGGUAAAUAUGCUGGAUUCCUUUAGAAAUGGCUUCAGCUUCUAUCUGAAGGUGGGAAAAACUUCUUUUCAAGCUGCUUUCAUGGUUUGUUUUUUAGUUUUCUUAUGGUGUAUAUUCAUGAGCACAAAAUUCAACUAGAAAGGUAAGGUAAAAGGAAGCAGGGCAGGACAGCUCUUCAACAGCCUGGAGAUGGAGCUAUGAAGCUCCUUAGCAAGGGAGGCUCAGUGCUUGCCUAUAAAGACCUUGGUUUUGGGGGAGGAAAUCCCACCAAGGCAAAAGUCUUCAUGCUCUAUAACUAAAUGUGAUCAUAAUAUGUGUUUUAUAUAAACCUUUAUGAUAUCUUUCCGAUUGUAUCCUUUGAUGGAAAUGUUCUAGUUUUGGAGAGAUUAUUUUUUCAAUUGAAAUAUGUUGCUAACAGUAUGCUUCCCCCGGAAUGCUGUUUUUCAUAUUGAUUGGAAGAUACAAUGUCUCAGGGAAACUACUUUGUGACAAAGAAAUGCUUAUGUGUAUCAUUACAGUUAAAUUGCAUAUUGCAAAUAUGACUGUUCGGUUUGAUUAUGUUCCUGCUGUGAUAUUUUGAGAUUUUCAAGAGAGACAGGAGAAAUUUUAUGAUUUAGGGGUGACUGAUAGAUACUGCAAUUUAUACAUUCACUGGGUCCAAUGCAAAUAGUAGUUUUUAAAAAUGAAGACCAUACACCCUAAAAUCAUAACAUCAUUCUUGCUGUGUGAGGUAUGCUAUUUUUUAAACUACUUAUAUGCAGCAAUUACCUAAUCAUAUCAAAAUUUAAGUACAGUUAUUGCUUUUGUUCUAAGAGUAAAUGAAGUCUAUUUUCUAUUGAAAGCUGAAGAUUAUUUUCUAAACUUGACAA